UCCCUUCCCCUCUCGUCCCCUCCCACUUCCUUGCCUUUUGUCCUCCCUCCCCUGCUACUACGGCAUCAGGAUACCGACUGUGUCCACCGCUGCAGCAGCAAGAGCACAGUUAUCUUGCCGGGGAGCUGGGGAAUGGUGGGUCGGGAACAGUGAAGGGAUCACGAACAUAUGUGGAGUUCUUGGAGGCCGAAGGAGGCGCAAACAGAGUAACGAUGGGCAUGUGACAGUGGUAUCGUAGAGUUUUCAGGGGUGGUUGCGGAGAUUCAAUCCGUGAGUCCAUUCAGGCGCUCUUUUGACACCAGUUCUGGCAAUGGGAACCCGAGUACAUUCUUGCCUACAGGUCUUGUCUCCUCAGUCGUCGUCAUUAUCACCCAUCUCAGGAGCAGAGUAUGCAUCGGGUGCAGUUUUGACCCCGUCGAAUCAGAUUGUUCUGCCCAGACAGUCGUCGGGUUGCAGUUCAGCAUCAAUAAAUUUCAGCACUCAGCUCAAGCAAGUCGUUGGAGCCCGGUUGAAGAAGAUUCAGCGUACUAAGUCUAGUUCUGUUGCGAGCUUUUCUCCAUACUGCGCUGAUUUUGGGGCCAAUGGGAUUCCUCAGUCCCAGAAUUCAUUUGUGUCCAAGGUUUUUCAUACCCAACGGAGGAGGGUCGGGGUUUCUUGCUCACUCAGUAAUCCUUCAGCUCCUUCUUCGCCAUCUUCCUCCCCUCCUUCCAAGGAUUCAGGUUCAGCUCAUUCUUCCUCGCUCUUCCCUCCCUCUGCCGUUUCUCUCGGUUCAGAGGCCACAUACACCAAUGGAGCUUCCUCCUUUGUGGAAAGCAUGACAACUGCGGAGGGCUCGUUCUUCGAGAGUGUGACAAGACCAGAGGAGCUGAAUUUGACAGAAGGAAGUGAGCUUUCCGUCCAAAUUUUUGAUGGUUUAGAUGAUCAAAAUGGGACCUUGUUGGACCCAGAGUUGCAAGGGAUACUUGCGAACAUUGCCGAUAUGCAGAGGCAGAAUGAGAUGCUAUCGGAGCAGAUGAAGGAGUUUCAGCAAUUAUUGACAAAAACUACGAGAUCACUGAACGUCAAGGCUCAGGAAGCCAAAAUUGAGGCCGCAAAGCUGAAGAAGCUGGCGAAAUUGCAUCAGAUUGAAGAGAUACGUCGAGGAGACGAGAUUAGGAGGAAGAUUUUGGAGUCAAGAAUUCAGGAGGAGUUGAGAGAGAGAACAUCACUGGAAGAUGCGUUUCAGCGAAGAAGACAAGAUGUUACUGAAGAUGAACCUGCUGAUCUGGAACAAGGUACCUUGUUCUCGUUUAAGGAAUUGAACUCUGGGGUUGAAGAAGUUUUGCAGGAGAAUGAAGGGGUCGCGUCGGAGGAGUCUACUGAGGGCAAAGAGAACGCAGAAGCUCAAGAGACCUUAGAGUGUGUGAUUUCGCACCCAGGAGCUCUGUCAUGUACAAAAACCGUGAUCAAGUCUGAUCCUUCGAGAAAAUCCGCGGUAGUGAUGAUGGAAACCACAGUCAGCUGUGCAGGUGACGCCUGCUUUUUGACAAGUCUCGACGAGGAUGACUACGUCGCUCUUGCUGUCCAAACUUUGGCUGAGACAGCUCAAGAGCUGAAAACUUCUCGAUUUCAGAGAGCAACGGAUACCGAUCCUGUACAACAUCGGAAGCACAACGCAAUUUCAGAACUUCUCUCCACUGGCAGGAUCGUGAAGGCUCGUCCUAUGGAACCUCCAAGCAAGUUCGGUCAUGAGAGUUUUGUGGUCCAGUUGCUGAACAAACAAACAGGACAGAAGAUUGAUGCCAUGUGCAAGCCAGGUAUUGAGGGUCAUGCUGAUGGAUGGCAUCGUGCAGCCAUAGAGUUAGUGGCGUAUGAGCUAAAUCUGAUGCUGGGAAUGGAUUAUGUACCCCCGGUCGCUUACAGAUCUGGUGGCGUGGAUGUAAAUUAUAAGCAUUUUAGCGACGGAGCAUUUGUAUACUAUGUACCUAACACGGUGCCGCUGAGAAAAGUCCCGGCCACGAACUGGGGCGUGUCAGUGGCCCUGCUGUUGAGUGAUACGAGGAUACUGGACGUGCUACUCAACAACUCAGAUCGACACCAUGGUCACUUUCUCUUCGGAGAGCAUUGGGCUGAUGGAAAGAUGAGGCCAGUUCUAAUCGAUCAUGCGGCAGGUUUUAGAAAAGAGGCUGUAGUGAAGAUGGAUCACGAGAACGCUUUCCAAACAGGACCAGUCCGCUGUGUGUCGUCAAAAACUUAUCUGAGGUUACGUUUCUUAGAGAAACAAACCAUCGAGAGCAAGUUUAAAGGUAUUUUGUCUUCGGAGGAGGUGAACAAGAUGAUGGAUCGUCGUGACAUGAUUCUCUCCUACUUGGACAAUCUGGUCUCCGAAAGGGGCUACCAUAAAACUGUCAUCGAAACGUGAAAGACAGGAAGCCUCUACUGUAGCGCUAAUAUUUGCCAUGUUGUAAAGUAUUCAGUAGCUAUCAUGCUGACACUCAUGAUUCAUAGUUAGAAUGAUUUCUACUGAUGAGUAGAUUCAUCAUCGAAUUUCAUGUACAGUUUUCCCGGCCAUCACACCAGGCCCUGUAUUAUUUAUAAUAACCAAGAAAACAUCAUUUGAGUAGAUUUCUUCUUGCGAGA